GGAAGAUGUAUUUCUCCGUCCUGGAUCCUUGCCGGAGUUUGUUGGGAAGGGUGGGGGUCAGGGGAUUUUCAGACUGCCAGAUCGGCGCGCCAUGCAUCCUAAGAGGCCUCCGAGUCUUGAAGUCCGGCCGCAUCCGCUUAGGGGGGCUCAGAUUGGGAGGUUUUUGAAGACGGUUGUGACUGCUGAGCGUCAGCUAUGGGCGGGAAGUGAGAAUGGUGCUGUGAGGGUUUGGGAUUUUAGAGAUUUGUACGGGAAAGUGCUGAGGGUGAGGAGGAAGAUGCAGCGCUGUUUUAGGGAUGGUAAUUUUUUCCCGAUUCUCACGGGGCUCCACAGGGAUCCCUGUCACGGGGACGGGAUGAAGAGGAAUAUUCCUUCUCAUGGGACGGGGAUGGGGAGCAUUUUCACCCCCCCGCGCGGCCCCGUUGACAUCCCUACGCUGUUUAAGGAGGUGUCGUCGACAUUGCCAUCGGCUUCUGCGGCAGUGAUGUGUAUGGUGGGGGAUGAGGGUAGUGGGCUGGUCUGGAGUGGUCAUAGAGAUGGGAGGGUUAGGUGCUGGAGGAUGUAUUCCGGAACUGGUUCCUUCAAGGAGGGAUUCUCGUGGCAAGCUCACCACGGGCCUGUUCUUUCUAUGGUCAUCACUUCUUAUGGUCAGUUUUUUUACCAGUCAUUUGGCUAGUCUCUGUAUGUUAGCAGUCUGUAUAUUAAUGCAUAAAGUACAUCCUCAUUU